AUGAAAGACUAUAACAAGUAUUCCAAGGCUACUAUUUGCAGUCACAUGAAACGAAAAAUCGACGACUCUGUUAUCGACGAAAGAAAACAAAACAAAGGCCGCCCUCACAAGCUAACAAAACGAGACAAACGCAACAUAUUGCGACAUGUCGAGAUACUAUUGUACGAAGGGAUUAUGGGUAUUUUACAACAAAACGACUCGAAGUUUUUGCUGGCGUACCGACAGAUGUUUCAGAUGAGACAGUUCGACGCGUUCUUAGAGCCAACGGAUUCAAAUACAUUCAUUCGCGUAAAAAGAGGGUGCUUAGCAGAAGGAUUUGACAGUUAG